AUGAAACUUUUUCCCGCAUUCGUCUCCUCUACGUUGACAUUCUCGUCCGUCGUCAACUGCGUCCUGUCUUCGGUCUCGAGACAGGUCAGCCUCGGGGUCGACUCUUACUUUUUACCCCCGACCAAAUCUUGGUCCAUCAGGUCAUGGGAUGUAAAUUCGAUCCAGGCGGACGACGAAUUUCUGCCCCUGACGGUGGUUCAAUGCAACGACAGCAAAGUCGACGAACAAACGCUCAAAACCACCUUUGACACCUACCUCGCACGCGACGACGUGUGGACUCCUGAGUUUGCCAAUGCUCUGUUCUUGCAAUGCCCCAAGACCAAGCUUGACCUGGACAAAGUCAAGGGUCUGGCUCCAGAGUAUUCCAUCAACAACGUUUUCUACGGCGAUUUCAACCAAUCGAGCAUUGAAAAUGUCCCGAUUGGACCGUAUUUUGUCCACAAAUUCACUGGAGACGUAUACCGAGCUUACAAACUGGUCAAUGACUUUAAUCAAGCGUUUAUCCAGUCCUCGUACCAAGAUGAACAAGGUUUCCAUCACCCACUCGCUGCCGCUUCCAUGUCUGCCGGAGCUCUGACCAUCGGUCUGCCCUCUCGCCUCUACUUUACCCGUACCCCUGAACAACCGUUGGCUGGGUUCAGAGUGGCGGUGAAAGAUUUGUACGACCUACAAGGACUCAAGACGAGCGGGGGAAAUCGAGCGUUUUACACAAUGGCCACCGCAACAAACGUCACUGCCUACCCCGUGCAAAGGUUGAUCGACGCCGGUGCGGUGGUGAUUGGAAAAAACCACUUGUCCGAGUUUGCGUUUGCCGGCCCCGACAUGACCGAACACGUCGAUUACCUCUUGCCUUUCAACCCUCGAGGGGACGGGUACAAUUCGCCCGACGACAGUUCAGGAGGGUCUGGAGCCGCCGUGGCCAGUUAUGACUGGCUGGACGUGAGUUUGGGCAGCGACACGGGUGGCAGUAUCCGAUCACCGGCGUGCAAGAACGGCGUCAUGGGAAGUCGACCAUCGACGGGUGCUGUCGACUUGACUGGUGUCUUGUCGCUGUCCACCACUCUGGACACAGCCGGAGUGCUCGUGAGGGAUCCUUCACUCUGGUCCGACAUCAACAAGGUUUUGUAUGCCGGGUUCGCCAAAGAAUACCCUUCGUUUCCCAAAAAAGUCUACGUUCAGGCCGAACAAAUCGCUUCGUACGCCAACGCCACAGGUGACGAAGCGGCGUGGGCGCAACAGGCUUUGAGUUUUGUCACGGCCAUGGCCAAAGCCGUCGGAGCCAACGUUGCGGAACUUUCGAUUGACAGUCUGUGGAACUCGACCAACGGCGUGCCACACGCCGACGGCCAACGUCUCGCCUCGUUCUCGGGGGCACUUUACCAAAACAUUACCAUGUACGAACAAUGGAACGACUGGGGCAGACGAUACGUCGAAUCGUGGAUGGCCGAUCACGACGGUGAGUUCCCGGCCAUGGUUCCCAACACCCGCGGGGAUUGGCUCACGGUCAACGAGAGCAUCACGCCGGAUCUCCACCAACAACACUUGUCGGAUGUCCAAUCGGUGCGGCAGUGGGCUGCCGACCACUUUCUCCGGCCCGACAACGAGUCGUGUUCCGACGCCGUCUAUCUCUACUUUAGCCCGCCCGAUGGCAACGUCAACUACAAACCAAACGUCGCAUUCGACCUGAACAACGUUUAUAUUAAGGAACUUCUCACCCGCGCCGCGCAGGCGGAACAGGCGGCUGGGCAACUCAACGUGACUCUGCUUUGCGGCGAGGACAACUCCAACACGUCUGGCGCUACCUGUCUAGAAGCCCGACAGAUUUUGGCUGACACAAUUCAACAAAUCGCCCAAUUGUCUCCCACCUAUGUCAAUCCCGGUAGAAUCGCCAGCCUGGCCGGCCUUCCAGACUACGUCAUUACUCUCGGCGAAAUGGCCAUGAACGCGACAAUGUCCGAAUCGACCCUCAAACUUCAAUCGAUGCCAUGGUCUGUCGACAUCAUGGCCGCGGCUGGUUGUGAUUUCAUGUUACAGGAUCUCAUCAGUGAACUCUCCCAUCAAGGCCUCAUCAAACCGGUCAAGACGGGUGCUCAUGUUCAUUGA